AUGACUAAAUUUGUACGAAUUCGUCAUUGUUAUCAUCCCAAAUAUUAUUAUGCAAGAUGGAGUAACAAAUUACAUUAUCUUUGUUACAACGAUGAUAACGUAACAGAUGAAACAAUAUUUGUUAAUGAAGGCUUAAAACUUAGAUUAUUACGAUACGGUUACAAAGAUUUAGCUCCUGGUUUUGCCUCAUUAAAUGAUGUAACUACCGUGGAUUAUCUUGGACAAAUAAUUGCAUUUGAUCAAAUGGACAAUCAUUAUCCGAGUAAAUGA